AUGGCCACCCCGGCUCAAUGUUACUACUGUUUCGAGACCCUUGCUGCCUCCUAUAGGCGAAGGGAACCCAUCAGUCUUGCGUCUGUGGAAGAGCUCUGGGAACAGCACGAACAAUAUAAAAAGCUCGCCGCGUUAGAUGAGGACGACGAUUCGCAAUUUGUAGACGAGGACGAGAACACCGCGCCGCUUUCUGGAAAGAGCAGUCGCUCUCAGAAGAUCAAAGUGCCCCGAGUCAGCCGACUUCAGUCUGGCUCGAGCUCUUCUACAACACAAUCCCUCGCGUCUACCAACUCGUCGCAAUCUGUCUUGUCAAGCUCAACCACAGUCACGACACCCAGCUCCUCCUCGGACACGGCCAGUGGCAAGCCAAGAGAAGACAAAUAUCCUCUCUUUGUAACAUGGAAUACCGUUUCGAAACACGGUCACAAGUCACUCCGGGGUUGCAUUGGCACAUUUGAGGCGCAGGAACUUGCCGAGGGCCUGAAAUCUUACGCUCUCACGUCCGCAUUUGAUGAUACUCGGUUUUCCCCGAUCCCGGAGUCUCUUCUGCCCUCUCUCUCUUGCUCAUUGACACUUCUCGGGUCUUUCGAGCCAUGCACCAACGCUCUGGACUGGAUCCUUGGGGUGCAUGGCCUUCGCAUCUCCUUCAUUCAUCGCGGCAGACGCUAUGGCGCAACCUACCUCCCUGAUGUCGCGGUCGAGCAAGGAUGGACUAAAGAAGAGACCGUCAACAGCCUGAUGCACAAAGCAGGCUGGGAUGGGCCUUCCGAGAGCGUGGCGAGACGGUUUUUGCGAGGCAGCAGCAAUGCUGGUCAUGGGACUGCCGGCGCAACCAAGCCAUGGGAGCAGGUCUCCGAUUUCCGAGCCGUCAAGUAUCAGGGCCUCAAGGCCAGCAGCAGCUAUGCGGAAUGGCAAGAAUGGCGCCAGUGGGUCCUCUCGCUGGACGAUGGGAGCCAGCAGCUCUUGAGCUGA